CAGUCGAAGCUACGAGUUGAUUUUUGAUCUGAAUCUGGUGUAUCUUCAGAGAAAUUUUUAAUACAAGGCGUGUUUUUCGAUCUGCAGUUUCUUCUGGGUCAGUGUGAUCUUUAGGCAAGAUGAGUGAGGUAUUUGAAGGAUACGAGCGCCAAUACUGCGAGCUUUCGGCAAAUCUAUCGAGAAAGUGUACCUCCGCUGGUAUUCUCGAGAGAGAGCAGAAGAAGCAAAAAGUUUCUGAAAUAAAAACUGGAUUGGAAGAUGCAGAGGCUUUGAUUAGGAAAAUGGACCUUGAGGCAAGAAGUUUGCAGCCAAGUGUGAAGGCUAUGCUCCUUGCAAAAUUAAGGGAGUACAAGUCUGAUCUGAACAAUCUGAAAAGUGAGGUUAAGAGAAUCACAUCCACUAAUGCUAAUCAGGCUGCCCGAGAUGAAUUAUUGGAGUCAGGAAUGGCUGAUACACUGAUGGCAUCCGCUGAUCAGAGAAGCAGAUUGUUAAUGUCAACUGAUAGAAUAAAUCAGUCCAGUGAACGGAUUAAGGAGGGUAGAAAAACCAUGCUGGAAACAGAAGAACUUGGUGUCUCAAUCCUUCAGGAUUUGCAUCAACAACGACAGUCUCUCCUGCAUGCCCAUAAUACACUUCAUGGGGUUGAUGACAACAUUGGCAAGAGCAAGAAGAUUUUGACUGCCAUGUCAAGAAGGAUGAGCAAGAACAAAUGGAUCGUAGGCUUCAUAAUAGCAGCUCUAGUUGUUGCAGUCAUCUUGAUCCUGUAUUUUAAGCUCUCUCAUUAGGGAGGCAUGCUUGUUCAGUUGUGUUGUUAAUGUGACCUUGCUAUUCUCUAUAAUUCGUGUGAAAGUUUGAAAAUGAUGAUCAUUUUUGAGUGUUGUGGCUAGCGUGUACUUGUCAUUUGCUUUGGUUGUAUAUUGUCACCCUUUCAAGAGUCUCUGGCCAUUAUUUUGUCUAUGGAAAUGGAAUAAUCAAAAGCUA